AUGUUCGGAUACCAACCUGAACCAGAAGAACUUCCAAUGAGGUUGAAAGAACUUCAAGAUGCUAUAAACAAACUUCCAUUGAGACAUCCAAUUGACGUCAAAUUGUAUUGGAGAGCAUCUGAGUUAGGUCAGAAGGUUUUAUAUGAAACAGGUUGCUUUGACGAUGUUUAUGAGAUAACAGGAGAAGUUUCUCAGAAGAUAAGAAACUCACUUGAAUUUCCACAAACUGGACCAAUUGGUUGCGACAAGUUCGACUCAGAUGAAAAGAUAUACUAUGUCGACCUUAACGCUGCAUACAUGAGGUUUGUCCAAUAUAUUCCGACUGGAAUUCCAAACGAAGAUGGUGAGUUCCCGGGAAGGAACUAUACAGUUGGAAAAGUCAUACAACAACUGUAUGAUAUUAGGAAAGCUUCAAACCCCAAACUUGCAAUGACACUCAAAUUGCUUAUGAAUUCGACAUGGGGAUAUUCCAUUAAGAAACCUCAAGAGAUGAAGAGUAAACAUUAUGAGAAGGUCGACAACUUUGUUGAAAGGUUUUCUCCUUUUGUUUUGAAGUACGAAUUCACUCAAGGUCAAAGUGGCUUAGUAACCACAUUAAAACCUAUUGUCGAACAUUGGUCUUACCCUCAGUUCGCAAAAGCAGUCCUUGACAACUACAACAAAUUCUUCUCCGAAGUCAAAUCCAAAGUGAAGGUUUACUAUGAGAACAUUGACGCACUCAUGACGAACGA